AUGUUAUCCUGGGUAUACCCAAUUCGAAUCGUCCAGGCCCUCUUGGCCUUGGUGACUAUCGGUUUAGCCUCAUAUGGCGCAACAACUCCAUUCAACAAUGUUAUCUACUUCAUGCUCUUCACUGGAUGCUGGACAACCGCAAUUGCUGUUCCAUACCUAGGCCUUGCACCGCUUUGGAUCCCACGCAUCUCACACGAGUUCGUCAUUCCCGCCGUGGAUUUAAUCACCAUGGCACUCUGGCUUAGCGGCUGGAUCGCCGUCGCCGCGCUGAUUCCACACCCGAGCGCAUGCAAUGGCGCGUACUGCGAAGCUUUGCAAGCUCAGAUUGUUAUUGCUGCGAUUGAAUGGGCCCUUUUCCUGCUUACGAAUAUCUUUGCUCUUCUUGAUGUGAGAAACUCUAGAAGUAACCGCCACAUGCAUGCUCGGGAGAUUGAGCAGGAUCAGCCUCCUGUCUCCCAAGUGGAUGCGGCGGAAAGUGCUUGA